AUGGUUUUAUAUGCAAUUAUUUCAAUUUUCCACAAGACUGACAUUUAUGAUUUGAAGGUGUUGUGUACAGACGAGGACUUCUCCGACGUACUGAACAAGAGCUCUUCAAUGGCAAGAAAAGUGAAAGGGCUUCUGUCAGAAAGUCAAACUCUUUUUGUGCGGGAAAUUCAAGGAGUGAAUGAAGAAUUGGAAGAAAUCGAGGGAAACUUAUCAAGUGCAGGCUCACACUUGUUCAAUCUAGUGACAAUUGCUCUGAUCGCCUUUCCAGGGUCAUCAGUUCUUGCGACCUCUGGUAUCCAGCUAUCAAAGAAAGAUGAGAGGAUUCAAGAGCUGGAAACCAAGCUUCAAUUUUACGAGGGGACCAGCAUUGGUGGCGGUGCAUUUCCUCGCUUACCUGUUUGUGAAAUUCCGAAAAACAAAUCUAAUGGCUACAGGCGCUCAAUCUCACUAGCAAUAUUCAAGGUCAAUUUGUUGUCGAAGCAACUGGAAGACGAAAAGAAGCAUAGUGCAUUUCUUGCCAAGUCGCUUCAAAGAGAGCGAGACAUUCUUGCGUAUGUGCGCGAAGAAGAACCAUCAGCCUAUGAAAGGGCUCUGGACGAGAGCAAGCUGUCGGAGUUGGAGUCAGAACUGCAAGAGACUCGAAAAGAGAUCGAAGAGUCAAGAUUUCAGCUGCAAGUCACCCAGCAGAGAGUUUCUGAGCUCGAGACCGAGCUCGAAAAAGAGAGAGCUUCGUCUUCUGCAAUUGCCAACGAUAUGAAGAGCAUGACUGUUGUUGAACACGAUUUUACUGAAUUUUUUGUGGAAAGAGAAUUGAAAAAUGAGGAGACUUUGGACUCUUUGGGAAAGGAAAAUCGUACAUUGAAGUCAAAGAUCAAGGAGCUGGAGAAAGCUUUAGAUAAUAAGAUUCAGCUUGAGAAAUAUCGGAGCGAGAUCGAAAUGAGACAAGCAGAGUGCCUUCAACGGUUCGGCAAAGUUCAGGGUGAGAUCCUGCAGUACAAGGUCUCACUCCAGAGCAAAGAGAAUAUCAUUCGAUCCUUGGAGAUCGAAAAGGAGGCGCUCAGAUUGCGCUAUGCCCAUACCCUUGACGUGGUAAAAUCUGUCAUUUCAGAUGAAGAUCUGUCUUCUGAUCAAUUGUCCUUCCUUCAAGAAGCUAUGCAUAUGUAUAACAUGGAGAAGGUUUUCCGGCGAGCGGAAGGCAAAACGAUGUCAAACGUAGAGAUAUGCAAGAGCUGCGAAGACUCUAUGUCUUAG